AUGUUCUUGAAACCUUUUAGAGUCAAGGCGCAGACAUCUGUGAAAACCUCAGACAGAAAAAAACUGCGGGCAGACAUUUUACAGCAAUACCCGAAACUCUCCGAAGAUGAUGUGACAAAACUGAUUCCAAACAAAGAGGAGAUGACUCUAACAAAGAUCAACACUCAUGGAGAUGACAAUAUUGUGCUUUUCUCAGUAGCGAAGAAUCCUAUCUUUUACGAACUGUUUAGGAAGUUCUACCCUACAGUAUACACAAUGUGGCAAUAUCCAGACAUGCUACCUGCCUUUAGAACAUGGCCGCCUGUUUUUGAGAAACUUCAAAAAGGAGCUGAUCUCAUGCUGCCUGGAGUUGUCCCAGACAAAGAGCCAUCACCAAAAAUGUUUGGCAAUCUCCAGAAGGGUGACCUGGUUUGUGUGACCCUUGCUGGCAACAAAUCACCGGUUGCACUUGGUAAGGCUUUGCUGAGUGGGGAGGAUAUGUACAUGUCAGCAAUGAGAGGCAAAGGUGUUUCUGUCUUACAUAUUUAUGGAGAUGCCCUUUGGGAGUUUGGGGAUAAAUCACAGCCUCCUGUGAUCCCAGAAGUCCUGUCACAAACUGAAAGUGAGAACCUUGUUGAACAGACAGACACUGUUGACAGUGCUAAUGGAGAAGUCAGCAGCAAACUGAAGGAAAAUGACUUGCCUGAUGUUGACAAUUUGCAGAUUGUAGACAAAGAUGACAAUAGAGAGGGUGCUGUGGCUGCAGGUAAUGAGGUUGAACAAGAGGACACAGAUUCAGAUGAUGAAGAUAAAGAUCCAGUUGCUGAAAUGGACGAGCUUCUUAACUUCUGUUUUCUGUGUGCCAUCAAAUCUAGAGUGAAGAAGAGUGACCUCCCAUUGUUGACUGGAAAUUUUUUAAGGGGUUAUAUGCAGCCAUUCAGCCCUGGGAAACAGCUGGACCUUAAGAAGUCUUCCUUUAAAAAGUUCUCAAAGUUUCUGCAAGCUAAAGUUGGUGAAGGCUACAUUACUAUGAAGCAGCAGAGUAAGGGUGUAGAUGCCAUCACAGAAAUUUACAAGUCACACUUAGGACUGAGAGAUUUGAAAGUGCCGGAGGUAGUAGAGGAGGAGACCACAAAGCCUAGUCAGAGUGAGGAAGAAGUAUUCAAACCUUUGACCUUCACUGAUGUUUAUUGCGUAAAUGGUGCUACGCAUGAUUUAUUUAAAGAUGCAGGACUUUGUAAAGGUGAAGCAUUAUUGAUCUCAGACGUCAGGCAACUUGUCACAGACUACAUCAAGACAAACAACCUUCAGCAUGAGGAUAAUAAAAAACUGGUAACAUUAGAUCCUAUACUGGCUCACAUUAUACUGAAGCCAUCUGAGGGUGACUUGGACCGUAUGAACUGGGAGCAAGUUAUCAACAGGGUCGUGGGUAAGAUGCAGGCUGGCAUUGCAAUCAGUGCUGGAUCGGAUCCUCCUGUUAUUAAGAAAGGAAAAUUGGACCCUAUAAAACUAGAAGUCAGCAUGAGAGCAUCAUCGAAGAAGGUGACCAUCGUUGAUAACCUGGAGGAUUAUGGCAUUGAUGUGAAAGCAUUCUCCAAGCUUGUGCAGAAGUCAGUGGCUUGCAGCUGUUCUGUGGUGCAACCUGAGCAGAAAAAUAAGGGAGCCCAAGUUCUCAUUCAGGGAAACCAGAUCAGCUUUGUUGCAAAUUUACUUAUAGAUAAGUACAAGAUUCCACGACGUUACAUCACAGGAAUGGAGAAUGCCCCUGCCCCUAAACAAACAAAGAAGAGAUAA